GUGGAAGUUCGCACAGAGUAAAACGACACUCACAUGAACACCAGGAGUCAAACUACUCACAGGAACAGCAGUGAGAAAUUGAUUUGAAAGAUCUGCAAGAGCAAAAGACACCGUCAGGGAUUUACUACGUCGAAGUAGUGACCGGAAAAAGAAACCAUACUCAAGUUAAAAUUAGAUGCCGCAGAGUCCUGAACACACAAUGGAGGAAGAAGUGGAAACCUUUGCCUUCCAGGCUGAGAUUGCUCAGUUGAUGUCUUUGAUUAUCAACACCUUCUACUCAAAUAAAGAGAUCUUCCUCAGGGAGCUCAUCUCCAACUCCUCAGAUGCUCUGGACAAAAUCAGAUAUGAAAGCUUGACAGACCCCAGUAGACUUGAGUCUUGCAAGGAGCUAAAAAUUGAAAUCAGGCCUGACCUGCACGAUCGCUCCCUAACCAUCAUCGACACGGGUAUCGGCAUGACCAAGGCUGACCUGAUCAACAAUCUGGGAACUAUUGCCAAGUCUGGCACCAAGGCGUUCAUGGAGGCCUUGCAGGCUGGAGCUGACAUCUCCAUGAUCGGUCAGUUUGGUGUUGGUUUCUACUCUGCAUACCUGGUGGCGGAGAAAGUAACGGUCAUCACAAAGCAUAAUGAUGAUGAACAGUACAUGUGGGAGUCUGCAGCAGGAGGUUCCUUCACAGUCAGGCCUGAUAAUGGAGAACCCAUUGGGCGUGGCACAAAAGUCAUCCUACAUCUUAAAGAAGACCAGACAGAAUAUUGUGAGGAGAAGCGCAUCAAGGACGUCGUGAAGAAACACUCCCAGUUCAUUGGCUACCCCAUUACACUUUAUGUGGAGAAGACACGAGAGAAAGAGGUGGAACUCGACGAGGAAGACAAGGAAGAAGAAGUUGCUAACGAUGCCGCUGAGAACACAGACAAACCGAAAAUUGAAGAUGUGGGCUCUGAUGAGGAUGAGGAUACAAAAGAUGGCAAGAACAAACGGAAGAAGAAGGUGAAGGAAAAGUAUAUGGAUGCCCAGGAGCUGAACAAAACCAAGCCAAUCUGGACCCGUAACCCUGAUGACAUCACCAAUGAAGAGUAUGGAGAGUUCUACAAGAGCCUUACCAAUGACUGGGAGGACCACCUUGCUGUCAAGCAUUUCUCAGUGGAGGGUCAGUUGGAGUUCCGCGCUUUGCUUUUUGUACCCAGAAGAGCUGCUUUUGACCUUUUUGAAAAUAAGAGAAAGAGGAACAACAUUAAAUUGUAUGUGCGUCGGGUCUUCAUCAUGGACAAUUGUGAGGAGCUGAUACCAGAGUACCUCAAUUUUAUCAAAGGUGUGGUGGACUCAGAAGAUCUGCCCCUUAACAUCUCCAGGGAGAUGCUGCAGCAGAGCAAGAUCUUAAAAGUUAUCCGCAAGAACCUAGUCAAAAAGUGCUUGGAACUUUUUACUGAAAUGGCCGAGGACAAGGACAACUACAAAAAGUUCUACGAACAGUUCUCAAAGAAUAUCAAGCUUGGCAUUCAUGAGGACUCCCAGAAUAGAAAGAAGCUGUCUGAGCUGUUGCGUUACUAUACCUCGGUCUCUGGAGAUGAGAUGGUUUCCAUGAAAGACUAUGUGUCUCGAAUGAAAGACAACCAGAAACACAUCUACUACAUCACAGGUGAGACCAAAGAGCAGGUGGCUAACUCUGCUUUUGUGGAGCGUCUUCGUAAGGCCAACCUAGAGGUCAUUUACAUGAUCGAGCCCAUCGAUGAAUACUGCGUGCAGCAGCUGAAGGAAUACGAUGGCAAGAACCUGAUUUCUGUUACCAAAGAAGGCUUGGAGCUUCCCGAAGAUGAGGAGGACAAGAAGAAGCAGGAGGAACUCAAAACUAAAUUUGAGAACCUCUGCAAAAUCAUGAAGGACAUCCUUGACAAGAAGAUUGAAAAGGUUGUAAUCUCCAAUCGGUUGGUGUCUUCCCCUUGCUGCAUCGUCACCAGCACCUAUGGCUGGACAGCUAACAUGGAAAGAAUCAUGAAGUCUCAGGCCCUGAGAGAUAACUCCACCAUGGGCUACAUGACAGCCAAGAAGCACCUUGAGAUCAACCCCCAACAUCCAGUAAUUGACACCUUGAGGGAGAAGGCAGAGGCUGACAAGAAUGAUAAGGCUGUGAAGGAUUUGGUCAUCCUUCUCUUCGAGACUGCCCUGCUUUCGUCAGGAUUCACACUGGAGGACCCUCAGACACACGCAAACCGGAUCUACAGAAUGAUCAAGCUCGGUCUGGGGAUUGAUGAUGAUGAUUCUGUAGUCGAUGACCUCAUACAGCCUGCUGAUGAAGAUAUGCCUGUUUUGGAAGGAGACGAUGACACAUCAAGAAUGGAGGAAGUUGACUAAAAAAACAACAAAUAGUAAAUGCUUUUCUGCUUUUUUUUUACUUUUAUUUUUAGUUGUAGUCCCUGUUCAGAAUUACUUUUCACACUUUUUCUUAAACAGAGCUUAUUUUAAACAAUGUAACAAGGACAUCCGUAAGACGAAUAUGAAUCCACCAACAAUUUCUGUCUCCUUUCAUAACAAUAACAUUUUCUAUGAAGAGCAUGCAGAUUUUUAAUAAAACAAAAAAAGAGAAAUAUGAUAUGCACACUGU